CUCGUUCAUGUUCAAUCGUGUCGCAUCGUGUCUCAGUGCCAAAUAUACCGUUGCGCGCGGAAGUCGUGUUCCGUUCAUGUCCCACAUUCCCCUUCGAAUCGCUGUGCGGUACCGUCAGUAGUUCUUUCGGCGUAUUUACCCGACUUUUGUUGUUGGAGUAAUUACUUGAAAUAAUAUUAUCCCUGAUCCAUUAAUAAUUACAAAAUUGUGGUCUUAAUCAACGAUUGUGCGAGUGUUUAUUUCGAUUGGCCAUGCCACCAAUAUUGUUGUUGCAACGUUGCUCGAGUUGUUGAUUUUUGUGUGUUUGGGGUAAGCGUCGCGUCUUACCGGCUCGCGGCUGUGGCGUCUCUGGGUCUAUCGUCCUACUAAUUAAAUUGUGUUGCAAAUAAAAAAAUGUAGACAGCAGCCACAGUAGCAGGAAACAUGGAAAGGCGUUGUUCUUCUGUCGUCUCGCUGGUCUAUUUAUAAAUUGAUUUGCUGAUUCCUUCUGACAAUUCGCCCCCAGAUGGUAUAUUCCACUGCUGCAGUCAGAGCCCUGCACACAACCGACCGACCCAGAAAUAGUACUGCUGCUGCUGCUGCUGCUCCGGAAAACAAUCCAUGCAAAAAGCUGCGUCGUAUACCAAUUAAAUGGACAGCAUUUUAAAAAAUAACAAAAACAUAAACAGCAUUAAACAAUCAAGUAACAAAAACUGUGCAGCGAUUUCAAUUAAAAAAAAAGAAGUAGUGAAAAAAUAAAUAUGUUACAAAAAAAUAGCUUUGCCGUGGCACUAAUUAAUUAAAACCGAUUUCCUCCAUAAUUGAUAAGGCAAACAAAACGCUGAAACAAAGUAAUCCAUACCGUUUAACCAACAUGUUUAAUCACAUUGCAACAGUUCCAAUGAAUCUCUUAAUGCUCCUCGGUUGUCUAUUGGCCACGACGACGGCUCUGAGCACCGAUACGGGCAGCGAGGGAAACGGCGUCAGCGUCGGCGGUUCUACCCUCAAUAAUGUCAUCAGCGAAGAUCCCGAAUUCACAGAUGUCAUUGAGAAUAUCACUGUACCCGCGGGACGUAAUGUCAAAUUGGCCUGUUCGGUCAAGAAUCUUGGCUCCUACAAGGUGGCGUGGAUGCACUUUGAGCAAUCGGCCAUUCUCACCGUACACAACCAUGUGAUAACGCGUAAUCCGAGGAUUAGUGUUACCCAUGAUAAGCAUGACAAGCACCGCACCUGGUUCCUGCACAUCAACAAUGUCCAGGAGGAGGACAAGGGCCGCUACAUGUGCCAGAUCAAUACGGUGACGGCCAAGACCCAAUACGGCUUUGUCAAAGUUGUUGUGCCGCCGAACAUCGACGAUGCCCUGACCUCCAGCGACGUCAUCGUGCGAGAGGGCGAUAAUGUGACGCUCCGUUGCAAGGCGAAAGGCAGCCCCGAGCCGACCAUCAAAUGGAAGCGAGACGACGGCCACAAGAUUGUCAUAAAUAAAACGCUCGAAGUGAACGACCUGGAGACGGACUCGCUUGAACUGGAGCGCAUCUCGCGGCUGCAUAUGGGGGCCUAUCUGUGCAUUGCCUCGAACGGAGUGCCUCCCAGCGUCUCCAAGCGGAUCAAAGUCAGUGUGGACUUUUCACCCAUGGUCUGGAUACCCCACCAACUGGUGGGCAUUCCCAUCAGCUUCAAUGUCACUCUGGAGUGCUUUAUCGAGGCGAAUCCCACAUCACUGAACUACUGGACACGCGAAAACGAUCAAAUGAUCACGGAAUCCCCAAAGUACAAAACCGAAACGAUUCCGGGCCAUCCAUCGUACAAGGCGACCAUGCGGCUGACGAUCACCAAUGUCCAGGGCAGCGAUUACGGCAACUACAAGUGUGUCGCCAAAAAUCCUCGUGGCGACAUGGACGGCAACAUAAAGCUGUACAUGUCGAGUCCACCCACCACACAGCCCCCGCCCACAACCACAACACUGCGGCGCACGACAACCACAACGAUGGCAAACACUUUGGAUGGCUACAACACCCCACUGAACGGCAUCGGAGGAGGGCCCACGAAUUCGGUGAUUGUGAUUGACAAAUUGGGCAUCAAAUAUCAGUCGAAUCUGAAUGAGAUUGGCAAGUCCGAGCAGAAGCUGACGGGCAACAAUCCCAAGGGCUAUGACUGGUCCAAGGGCAAGGGCAGCGCCAGUCGGCUCCAUCGUUCCCUUCUGAUCUGCUGGCUCCUGGCACUCCUCUCCCUGCUGCUGGCCACGCACUCGCACGGUUAGAGCUCUAUUGCGAAGAAAAUAUAUCCCUAUAUUAUAUAUAAAGUGCCAUUAAAAAACAAAACAAGCCAACACAAAAUGCAAAGAGCAACAAAACAGACACAGGACACGCCACAGGACACACCACAGGACACACCAAGCCCGUAAAAGCAAAAAAAUUAUAAAACACCAACAAAAUAUGAACUUAAUUAAGCAAAUUGCCAAACGCAAAGCCCAUUCAAGUUUUUGGUUAGCAUUGUUUGCCUUUUCCACCCGCUCCGAAGCUCCAUAAAUAUUUGAUUCGAUUUUCGGUCCAGCCAACAAAAAA